AUGGCAGCCCAAUGUCCCAAUUCGGAGGGCCAAGAUAAAUGGCCCGAAAAUACAGAGAGGGUGUCCCAGGAUACAGACUCUAUCGAGUCUAUUUCCACGGUAGACACACAUACCGACCGCGAUGCACUAGGAAAGACAUUGACAGCUCGCGCCUCGCGAACCUCGCACAUGUCACUGUCGGAACGAGUGACGACAAUCGCAACUAAUGCCACCGCCGAUCCCGACUAUGAGGUCGAUUGGGAUGGUGACGAUGACCCUGAUAACCCCAAAAACUGGACCCUCAAGUAUAAGGCCAUGUGCAUCGUGUUUCUGUCAUGGAACACUCUCAUCGUCGUGUUGUAUUCAACUUCUUAUACAUCAGGACUUACAUUGAUCGCCGAGGAAUUCGGCCAGUCCCAGACUAUCGUCACCCUCGGCUUGACCUUCUAUCUGUUUGGUCUUGCCAUCGGGUCCAUGUUCAUGGCCCCGUUGAGCGAGGUAUACGGGCGGAAACCUGUCUGUGUAAUUUGUCUAGCCGUGUUCACAGUCUUGAUCAUCCCCUGCGCGCUCGCAAAGUCCGUCACGGCCCUGAUCGUCAUUCGCUUUAUUGCUGCUUUCUUUGGCAGUGUCAUGAUCUCUACCGCGCCCGGUAUGGUGGCUGACUUGGUGAACGAUGAGCACCGUGCUUUGGCGAUUUCUGUUUGGAGUCUUGGACCACUCAAUGGACCAGUCAUCGGUCCUGUUAUCGGAGGUUUUGUCACUCAAUAUCUUGGCUGGCGCUGGAUGUGCUGGAUCGCCCUCAUACUCUCCGCUGUUGCUUUGGUCUUUGCUAUAAUUCUUAAAGAAACAUACGCACCAACCCUUCUCCAAAAGAAAGCAGCCAAACUCCGCAAGGAGAGUGGCGAGUCCCGCUGGUGGAGUCGCUACGAUCAAAAGGCGAGCCUUCCUGAGGUCCUCAAACUGAACCUCAGCCGGCCAUUUGUAAUGGCAGUCACGGAGCCAAUCUGCAUCUUCUGGAACAUCUACAUCGCAAUCAUCUACGGAAUCCUGUACCUAUGCUUCGUAGCCUACCCAAUCGUCUUCCGAGACAUCCGCGGAUGGCAACUGGGCGUGUCCGGACUCGCCUUCUUAGGCAUCGGGAUCGGCGUCAUUAUCACAAUCGCCUGCGAACCUUUAGUCCGCCGGUUGAUCAACAGUCACGCCAAAGACCCCGAGACCGGUAAACCAUACCCAGAAGCAAUGGUCUCGUUUGUCUGUAUCUGCGCAGCGAUGAUCCCCGUCGGUGAGCUCUGGUUCGCAUGGACAUGCUCCCCAGCCUCAAUCCACUGGAUCGUGCCCCUGCUCGCGGGUAUCCCGUUCGGUGCGGGAAAUACCGGUGUCUUCAUCUAUGCAUCCAACUACCUGACCCACAGCUACGGCAUGUAUGCUGCUUCUGCUUUGGCGGGCAACUCGGUGAUUCGGAGUAUUCUCGGUGGUGUUCUCCCACUUGCUGGCUCUUCUAUGUAUGCCAGUCUGGGGCCGAAUUGGGCAGGCACUCUGCUGGGGGUGUUGGAGGUUGUUAUUGUGCCGAUUCCCUUUGUGUUUUACAAGUAUGGGCAUAAGAUUCGCAUGAGAAGUCCCCUCAUUCUGCGCAUGCAGGAGGAGAAGAUGAAGUUGGAGGGGAAGCGGGCUAGGAGGCAGCUUCAGCUCCAGCAGGCGAAUCAGUCAGAUGAGAAGACGGCGGAAGAGGUGGUUUAG